UUCCUUCCAGUUUGGGUGUGAGCUGCGCGCGCGGCGCCCGAGUUCCUGCUCCAGCGCCCGCUUCCCCCGAUGCCGCCAACUCGCGCACCCCCGCGGUUCCCCUUCCGGGGGUGCGGACGGAGUGCCGCAGUGGGCCCCGGGGAGCACGCCGCCCGGCUCCUUCGGGUGCCGCGCUGCCUUCCCCCCAUUUUGCUGCAGCGGGAGCAGCCACAGCAUCCGCGCUGCGCGAGAGGGAUGUGCUCAGCCUGGCUGAGUCAGCAUCCCCGGCCCGCGCGCGCGCGCCUCCCCGCGCAGGUGCAGGCUGCCGGCCCGGGAUCCCCGCGCAGGGGACCCGCAGGUUUAGGGGGCGGCUGCCCCUCACCCCGAAGUGCCAGGUCUUAAGGCCGCUGUAAACUACGCUGAUGGUGCACGGGAUACCUGAGAUAGGAAUUCCUCAAAGGAACAAAUCGUGUGUCAAAGGAUCGCAGGCAUUUCCGAGCCCAAGACGGCGGAAACUUGGAUUCUGGUGCACCACAUCACAGCCCCAGGGCAAAUCGGAGCGCUCCGGAGCAAAGGCCGCGUUCUCCGCGUAGUCCUGCGGACUUUGGAAACCUUUCAGAAACCUCAGCCAUCUGGAACUCAAAGGCUCCUUUGGGGGCUGACUGCGGCUUCUAGAACAUCCAGGUGUUCCGCAUCUGUGAGAAUUUAUCCUGCAGUCACCAGAUCGAGUCCCAGACAGAUGCGACGCUUGUGAUGUGGCUUGGAUGGCCUUGAAUACAGAGGGGUCACUUGUUGAGUGGCCAGAAAGUGGUCACUGAUACUGAUGUCCGAUUGUCAAACCUAGCUGGUUGUCUUGUUAAGCUGCAGUGGGGAACAGCUCCGAUGGAGAGGCGAGCCAAGUUGGGGAUCGGCAGUUUCUUAACUCCCUUGAAUUAGAUUUCCAAAUGGAGCUCUCAUUUCUGUGGUUUCCACCAUACCUGUAGCCAUCGUCACUGUCACCACCACUGCCACCAGGAUGUCCUCGAAAUCGUCUCUCCAACUCCCCAGGGACUUCCUGCCUUGAAAGUGAGCAGAGAGUCUGGGAGAAGCCUCUGGCUGUGGUUCACCUUUGCUCCAGACAACCAGAAUCUUCCCCUUCCUACCAUGGGCUGGCUUUUCCUGAAAGUUUUGCUGGUGGGAGUGAGUUUCUCUGGAUUUCUUUAUCCUCUUGUGGAUUUUUGCACCAGGGAGAAGGCAGCAGACCAGAGACCAAAUUUUGUGAUCAUUUUGGCUGAUGAUAUGGGAUGGGGGGACCUAGGAGCAAACUGGGCAGAAACCAAGGACACUGCCAACCUUGAUAAGAUGGCUGCAGAAGGAAUGAGGUUCGUGGACUUCCACGCGGCUGCGUCCACCUGCUCGCCCUCCCGGGCUUCCCUGCUCACCGGCCGGCUGGGCCUUCGCAAUGGAGUCACACGCAACUUCGCCGUCACCUCUCUGGGCGGCCUUCCGCUCAACGAAACCACCUUGGCGGAGGUGCUGCAGCAGGCCGGCUAUGUGACCGGCAUGAUAGGCAAAUGGCAUCUCGGGCACCACGGCUCUUAUCACCCCAACUUCCGCGGUUUUGAUUACUACUUUGGGAUCCCGUAUAGCCAUGACAUGGGCUGUACUGACACCCCGGGCUACAACCACCCUCCCUGCCCGGCGUGUCCACCAGGGGGUGGCCCGCUGAGGCACUCUCUGCACCCCGUGCGAAGCAGGAAACAUGAGAGGGCCUGUUACAUGGACGUGGCCCUUCCUCUCUACGAAAACCUCCACAUCGUGGAACAGCCCGUGAACCUGAGUAGCCUUGCACAGAAGUAUGCUAAGAAAGCAGCCCAGUUCAUCCAACAGGCAAGUGCCAGCAGAAGACCCUUCCUACUCUACGUGGCCCUGGCCCACAUGCACGUCCCCAUAUCUGCGACCCAGCUAUUGGCAAAUGCAGGAGGCCAAAGGCCAUACCAAGCAGGCCUCCGGGAGAUGGACAAUCUGGUGGGUCAGAUCAAGGACAAAGUUGAACACACAGCAGCAAAAGAUCGCACAUUCUUCUGGUUUACAGGAGACAAUGGCCCGUGGUCUCAGAAGUGUGAGCUGGCAGGCAGCACGGGUCCUUUCGGCGGAUUGUGGCAGACCCGUCAAGGCGGAAGUCCAGCCAAGCAGACCACGUGGGAAGGAGGGCAUCGGGUCCCAGCACUGGCUUACUGGCCCGGCCGAGUCCCAGCCAAUGUCACGAGCACUGCCUUGUUAAGUGUGCUGGAUAUCUUCCCCACUGUAGUGGCCCUGGCCGGAGCCAGCUUGCCCCAAGAUCGGCACUUCGAUGGGUUGGAUGUCUCCAGUGUGCUCUUGGACAAGUCGCAGAAGGGACAUAGGGUGCUGUUCCACCCCAACAGCGGGGCGGCUGGGCAGUACGGAGCCCUGCAGGCCGUCCGCCUGGAGCAGUACAAGGCCUUCUUCAUCACCGGUGGAGCCGAAGCCUGUGACGGGAGCCUCGGGCCAGAGCAGCAGCACGAUCCCCCGCUCAUCUUCAACCUGGAAACGGAUGUCGCGGAAGGCGUGCCCCUCCAGCGGAGCAGUGCUGAGUACCAGGCCGUGCUGCCCCGGGUCAGAAAGGCUCUUGCAGACGUCCUGUGGGACGUUGCCAAUGACAACGUCUCCGGAGCGGAUUACCGUCAGGAUCCUUCAGCAGCUCCCUGCUGCAAUCCCAACCACAUUGCCUGCCGCUGCCUAACAGCAUAACGGCCAAUCUUGCUACGAGGAGGACUGUCUGGGAGUCAGGUGAAUUUUGUUUGGAGCUCAUUACUUUCUAUACUGUCCCUUCUUCAAGCCACUUUGGAGACCAGUGAUCACGGUGUAAUGGACCGCAUACAGGUGGGCAUCAGGCACAGGUUCGGGCCCCUGAUUUUGAACUUGGGCAAUGAUUUAAUCUCACUUGCAGGUUGACUUUGAAGGUCAAGUAAGGUGACACAGGAAAAUGCGUUGCGCAGAUUUGAACACAUUUUAGUUUCCUAGUGAUAUUUUUUGUAUUCCUAGUUUCACUGGUCAUUCCAACCAGUACGUAGAGCAGAACUUCUCCAUCUUGACUCUAUGUGCAAAUCACCUGGGCUCUGUGGAAAGUGUAGAUUCUGGCUCAGUGAGCUCGGGAAGGGCCCAAGAGCCCACCUUUCUAGGAGGUUCCCAUGGGCUGCCUGAAGCAGCCACAAAGUUAGGUCUCUUUCCAGGCCUCAGAGCAGAACCCAUGGAAAAGUUCCCUGUUUCCCUUUUUAGGUCAGAUGAGUGGGGUUUUAUUUGUUCUGUGGUACUGGGAUUGGGAGCUAUGUUCCCGGUCUCUCUCUAUUUCUUAUUUUGAGACAGCUUUCUGCCUCAGCUUCCCAGAGCAUCACAGCCGUGCACCACCCGGCCCCCCUUCAAAUGAGUGUACUGUGAAGAUUUUAGGAGCCCUUCCUGCCCCGCUAAAAUCUCCAAGAUAUGAAAUGAAGCUUAAGAAACUAAAAAAUGCAUUGCCAUAUUUUAUUAGUGUCCUAAAUGGGACUCAAAGGUAAUAAAUGAUGUAUUCCAAUCACUGCAAAAA